UCUUAUCUAAUCUAGUAAUUAAUACUCAGUCAGUAAUAGUAGUAACCAAGACUAAGUAGUAUCCUAAGUAUCUACUAAUGAUCUAAUCUAGAUCUAUCUGAUCUAGAUUUCUAGAUCUGGCAGUAACUCUGAGUAACUAAGCUGGUCAUCUGUUCAGUGUUGCACAAGAAGUGUUUCUAUCACUAUGACUAUCAUUGACUAUCUAUGUAAAAAAAACUUUUCAUGUGACCUAAAUUCAAGUCAUUGGAUGUGUCUAUGUAUAUAUUGAGAUAAAUCUAAGUGCUGUUGAACACUUGACAACUCAAGAACAUGCAGUGACUGAAGGGCUUUUUUUUUUAAUAGUCCCAGUAUUUCAUAUUUUAUUUGAAACACAAUCAAAUAAAAAUGACUUACAGUAUAUACUGUCGUAAUUUAUCAAUAAUUAGACAGCUUUUUAAAAGUAACAGUGCUUUAAUUUCGCAGUGGUGUAAGCUGAAUAACCAGAGUUGCACCACUUAUGAAAAAUUUCAAGUAGAAAGAAAUAUUGUAUGCUCAGUGAGUGGCAACGUUAUUGGUUCUGUCGCUCAUUGGAAGCCCUUGACCUUGUUAAAUUGCUUUGAUCGUCUGCUCAAGUCUCAAAGAAGGUUAAGAGCCACUCAUAGUGCUUACACUGGAAGUGCUACUGCACCUGUCAGUGACAAGGAAGAUGAGCAGGAGUAUAAUGAAUAUUUACGUGAGAUCUGCGCCAUUCCUGGGAUGGGACAGAGAGUACUGGUCAUACAACCAGAUAUCAAAGGUGGAUCCAGGAAAUAUGUGUUAACUACCAAAGAGUUGAAACUUGAAGAAACAUGCACUUUAGUUCACACACUACCAAACUGGAAAGUUGUGUCCAAGAAAAUUGUUCGGACAGAUUUUGAAAACACCUCUGAGGUUUUUGGCUCUGGAAAUUUUGAAGUAUUGAAGAAUGAGAUCACUUCUAGUCGAAACAUCAGCGCUGUGGUCAUUGGUAUUGACAAGCUGAAUGGAUUACAGAUAAACACUUUGCAGGAAGCAUGGGGGCUGCCAGUCUACGAUAGAUACACCAUAGUGCUGCAGAUAUUUAAGGACCAUGCCCAGUCACCUGAGGCUAAGCUGCAGGUAGCUUUGGCUGAGAUUCCUUAUGUAAGAUCCCGUCUGAUGUUGAUUCAUGGAGGCUUCCAAACUGAGGCGGCACAUAUCGUUGGUGGUGUAACCCCAAUGACUUUAGAUCGCAGGAGAAUGCUUUUGAAUCGCAGAGAAAGUAAAUUGAAGAAACAGUUGGAAGCCUUGCACAGCAAGAGACAGGAAGUCAGGCUGCUUAGAUGUCGCAACAAUGUCCCAACAGUGGCAAUUGUUGGUUAUACUAACUGUGGAAAGACGACUCUGAUCAAAGCUCUGACGGAAGAUGAGACCUUGACCCCUGAGAACAAACUGUUUGCUACCCUGGAUGUGACUGCCCAUCAGGGUCUGCUGGCCUCCAUGAUGAAAGUCACCUACAUAGACACAGUGGGUUUUAUCUCAGACAUGCCCAUCACUCUACUAGAUGCCUUCAGGGCAACCCUUGAAGACGCUCUUAUGGCGGACUUAGUAAUCCAUAUCCGUGAUGCCAGUCAUCCAGACAGGAAGCUUCAGAUUAUAUCCGUCCAUAAAACAUUGGAAAAUCUUUUGUCUGAGGAGAAAAAGAAAAAUGUGAUUGAAGUUUACAACAAAACAGAUUUACUGUCACCAGAAGAAGCAGCACUGCUGGACCCAUCGGUCAUCCAGAUCUCUGCCGUGACAGGUCAAGGUUUAGCUGAGCUGGGUAAAGCUAUCGAAAAAGGUCUGUUGGCUACCACCAACCACUUGAAGAAAGUGUUUCGCAUCCCAAACAACCACCAGAUGCUAAGAUGGUUGCAACAAGAAGCCGCUGUCAACUCAAUCACUCCUGACCCUAGAGAUAGCCAGUACCUAAUUGCAGAAGUCAUCAUAUCACAUUCAGCCUAUGGGAGAUUUUGUAGCACAUUCUCUCGCAAAAAAUAAAAUAAUUGUAAUAAAUUGUAAUUAUAUA